AUGGGCACUGCCAGCCGCGCGCAGGACCACGGAGGCGAGGGCAAGAGUACGCUGCCAGGACCGGGAAGCUAUCACCUACUCGCGAGCGAAGCAAAGUCCAGUGGGCCCGUGGUGGCCUUCGCGACCGCGCCACGCUUCCCGUACGUUGACGCCGACGUAGGAGAAGGUCGCGAGGGGGCCGCUGGGCCUUCCUCCUACGACGUUCACCGCGCACAGGGUGCGGUGCUCUCCGCCGCGCCGGCCUACUCCUUUGGCAAGGCGCGCCCUCCCGUGCUGCUGCCCAACGGAGCAGUGGCCGUGCAUGCGGACGAGGCGACGCCGGGUCCGGGGUACUACGAGGUAAGCAGCGACGGCGUGGUGCGGCUGUUGUACCCCACCGCGCCGGCCGUCCGCUUCGGGAGCGGCGCCGGCGGUAACCGCGCGGACGUGCAAGUGGGCGCUGAGAGUCCGGGGCCUGGCGCGUACUCGGUGCGCGCAACCCUCCUGGACGGACCACAGGCUGUCUUUGGCAGCGCACCGACUGGCCGCGCCAUGCAGGCCGAAAAGGAAACGGCCGAGACCGCCUCCCUGGCCCGGGCAGCUACGAUGUCGUUUACCCCCAACACGAGGGUCUUGGCUUUUACCAUCGGUGUCCCCACACCCACGGCGACGGGUCCGCAGAAGCGGGCGCUCCUGGACCCGGAAGCUACGAAACGCUCACGUACAGGAGUGUCGGCCGAGACGUGCCGGUCAUUUCGGUGCCGCGUGCGCCGCGCUUUCUCUGGAGCGUCCGGCGGGCUGCCGCAGCAGCAACCGACAGGGGCCGCGGCGCUGCGCUUCACCGCCGCACGCUUUCCUGUGCAAGACGGCGACGAGGCUGUUGGUCCGGGAUCCUAUUCCCCGACCUUUGCUGCCGUCGAUGCGGCCAGACGCAGCGGCGGCCCCUCCUUUCCGCUUGCAGAGCGUUUCACCACGGCGGAAGAGGGCGAGGAGGCGAGCGGCCUGAACGGCUCGACUGCUGUCUCCUUCCCCAAGGCCCCGCGCAUGCCAUGGCGAGAGAGCGAGACGGACGGCCCGGGCCCAGGCGCCUAUAGCCCGCCUGGAACCCUGAACUACACGGAUCACUUCAAAGGCAAGAUCGGCCCCAGCUUCGGCGUCGGCGGCUCGGAGCGAGACGCCUACAUGGCUGGCGAUGGCACGCCCGGUCCAGGCACUUAUGGCGACGCCGUCUCCGCGCCGACAGGGCGGGCGGCGAGCUUUGGGAUCGGCGCGCGCACGCCGGAGACCGAUGCUGCCUCGGCCACACCGGGCCCGGGCGCGUACUACUCCCCCUACGGGGGCAUCCGGACGCCACGCGAG